CUUUAACAACGCCGAAUUGAAUUAUCCACCCGAAUCCGCAUCCUUACAUCCUCGGUCAUACCUAAUCAAUCAGUCACGAUGGGCUCUAUCUGGAACGCUUUCACUGGCGGCAAUAAGUCCGGCCACCAGCAGCAACAGCAACAGCAGUCUCAGUCAUACUCACAGCCCACGACACAAGAACCCGCGCAUUACUCGUCCUACGACCCCACGGAAGGCCAGGGCGUCGAGUCCUUCCUCCAGAGCUCUACCUUUGCCGACCCCUCGCAAUUACAUCCCCUCGCCGGCCUCAACAGAGAUACGCUCGAAUAUAUUUCUCUCGAGGACUCAGCCUUGUCUGAGUUGCCUGGUGGCCAAUCAGUCCUGCCCUCGCGUGGCUUCACAGACGAUUUGUGUUACGGUGCCGGAGUUACAUACCUGGGUGGUUUGGGAGUCGGAGGUGCUUGGGGUCUGCAGGAAGGUCUCAGAAGGUCGGCCGGCCAGCCUCCUAAGCUGCGACUGAACGCUGUUCUCAACUCGGUUACCCGACGAGGACCUUUCCUCGGCAACUCUCUAGGUGUGGUUGCUAUUAUCUACAACUGCACCAACUCCUUGAUUGGCAGUCUUCGUGGAAAGCAUGAUGCUGGAAACACUAUUCUCGCUGGUGCUCUGAGUGGUAUGCUCUUCAAAAGUACCCGCGGUCUUCGUCCCAUGGCUAUCUCUGGUGGUAUUGUUGCCUCUGUAGCUGGUGUCUGGGCUAUUGUGCGACGAUCUUUCUUCCCUAUUCCCGAGGCCGUCACCCCGGUCUCCGAUGAGCUCACUCUGUAAUAACCUUAUGAUAUUUCUAUUCACCGUUGUCGUCAAAUUGGUCGACCCGUUAUAAUUGCGCCUUUGUGGAAUCAAGGGACCAACGAAGAAAAAGAAGAAGAAGAACGAACAAAGAGAGACGAGCCGAAAGAAGGACGAGGCACGGGAUGAAAUUCCCGUUGUAUAAGAAAGUUAUGGCGUGACUAAAAAGCGUUCGACGGAGUUUGGUAGCAUGGCAACGGAAAUCUCUCCUCCCAUGGGCAAAUGUACACUAUAUCAGGUUCGGUCAGCGAGCAUUAGACGAAUGUGAUAGGGGAUGGGCGUCUGGUCAUUUAAUGAUACAAAUGUUUGAAUAGUAGCCAGUGGAAUUCU